CAUCACAUGGACCCCUCCAGCAACUUCUGCAACUACCGAACCGCCCUCCAAGGUGCCGCCCAGCGAUCCCAGACGGCCCACAGCAGCCGGGAGAAGAUCGUCAUCCCCGUCUUCAACCUCUUCAUCAAGGAUAUCUUCUUCCUGCACAAAAUCCACACCAACCACUUACCCAGCGGCCAGAUCAACUUCAAAAAGUUCUGGGAAAUCUCAAGGCAAAUCCACGACUUCAUGACAUGGAAGCAGGUUGAAUGUCCUUUCGAGAAGGAUAAGAAAAUCCAGAGUUAUCUUCUCACGGCACCUAUCUAUAGCGAGGAAGCUUUGUUUAUCGCAUCCUUUGAAAGCGAAGGUCCGGAGAACCAUAUGGAGAAAGACAGCUGGAAGACGCUCAGGUAA